AUGGAGUCUGCAAGGGGCAGGCUGGAGGAAGUCGUAUUCGAGACGCCAGACCCACCGCAGCGAGCCGCUCUGCCCGGUUCGGCCUCGAAGGUCGCUCUUCCCGGAUCGCCUACCAAGGCCUCGACCCAGGAGGGGCUGGACACCUCGGCCCUUCCGGCGCAAGAGGCCCUGAGCAAAUUCGCCGCGAAGGAGGCCGCCCAGGCCGCCGCGGCCAACGGCCGGACUGCAGCCAAGCCGCGUCGGGGGUACGAGGUUGCGCCCGCCGGUUUCGAGCCGCCAGAGCAGCGGUUGGCGCGGCUUCAGGCAGAGGUGACGGAUCUGCUUCGCCUUGCAGAGGCUUCGGCGGAGAAGGAUGCUGCCGUCGCCGAGCUUCUAGGCGGGGACCCGGGGGAGAUGUCGCAAGAGCUGAAGGUGCUGGAGAAGCGCCUGGUAGCCCUGAGCGAGGAGUCGGCGCCCUGGCGAGGGGGGGGGAAGAAGGCCAGAGGUGGCUAUGCGAUGCCUGCGUCCCUCGUCAGCCAGCUGGAUCGUCUGGCCUCGGGCCAGGCUUCGGCGCCCGCCUCCGAAGCGCCCGGGCAAGUGACGUACCAGAUCAACUACGCUCCCAAUGCAGCGAGCAUCGGAGAGGGCGCGAAGCUUGCAGCCAUGGAGAGUACCAUCUCGGAGAUUGAAAAGCAGCUCGGGGUGCGUGAGCCCAUCAGCCACUUUCCAGACUUGCAAACCGCCGUCACACAGCUACAGAAGCGCUUGGCGCUCUUGGACUCGCCGAAGCUGGAGGCGAUAGCAAAGGGCGUAGACAAGGUAGCCAAGGAAGUGGAACAAGUUCUGGCCAAGAAGGCGCAGCUGGAAGGAACGACGGACAAGGAUCUCGACCACAAGGUGAGCCAGCUCUACGAUUUCUGCCACCGAUGGAGUGCCACGGCAGCCUCGUUGCCGCAGAUCGUCGCCCGCUUGCAGUCACUCCAGGCCCUGCAUUUGCAGAGCGCUUCCUUUGCUUCGCGCCUGGCUUCUCUUGAGAAGCAGCAGGAAGAGCUUGCAAAGCUUCUGGAGACGACCACAGAGGCGGUGGAGGACCUGAACACCGGACUCAAGGAGAACAUGUCUAUUGUUCGGGACAACAUGAAGAGCCUUGAAGCGAAGAUCCAGCAGGCCGUCAGCGGAUAG